UGCAUGUUAAUGCAUGUUAUUGACAUAUAUAUAAAAAUCGAACUUAAUUGAUGGAUAUAUGAGUUGGACACUGAUCAUCUCAUGGCAACUCUCUCUCUAUAUAUAAUGAAGGUUACAACUUAAUGACUUAGGCCUUAGAUCUCUAUUUCUAUCUGCAGUCGAGUCUCUCUAUCUCUUUCUUUCUCAACAAGUCUUUCAUUUUUUAUCAAGCCACAAUGGCAUGCAUGGACAUGCAUAACUCCAUAAAUGGUGCAGCUAGGAUCUCAUUCUCUAAUGAAUUCGUCGAAAUCAGAUCAGAAAAGAAUAGUACUAAGAGCAACAACGUCAACACUAGAAGUUCUUUCUCCAAAACCCAUGAUGAUUUCGAGUUCUCUGUCACCGACUACGCCAUGAUUCCGGCUGAUGAGAUCUUCCUCAAAGGAAAGAUAUUACCGUUCAAGGAGACCAGUCAUGUUCAUAGGACCUUAAGAGAAGAGCUUCUGGUCGAUGAAGAGGGUCCUGUCGAUGGCAACAUCUUUUCCAUCAGGCCACUAUUUUUACCUUCGUCCUUUUCCUCAAAGAGUACAUGGAAGGAGCUAUUGGGCCUCAAGAGAGCCCAUGUUAGAUCUAAGACGCCCGAUAAACUUGAUGACAAAACAAUCUCUGGGAAUGCUGCGACGUGGGAGAGUCAAGUUGGAGAUACAUGAUGAUGGAAUUGUAGAGCUCUCACUUUGGUUUCUAGAAAUUAAUUUAGAUUAUUUCUGAUAAUCUAGAUUGACUGCAUUGUAUCCACAUGUUCGUAUGGUUCCAACAACUCUUUUCGGCUCACAUGUUUUGUUGUUCUUGUAAGUUCUUGUUUUGGUUUGUUCAGGAAUCUGUCUUUUUUUGGGAACAUCCGUUUUUUUUUAAUAAAUGCAAGUGAAGAUUUGUGUGUAGCUAAAAGGAAAAGAAAUUGUCACUUUUAGUUGUGAGUUGUAUGCAUGCAUUUGUCUCACGUCCCUCCAUCUAAUGGCUCCGAAUGGUAACAGCGGAUUGAGCGGUGCGAGACAAGCGGUUUGACUGCGGUGCGGUUCUGGUAGUUAUAAAAACGUAUAGAUAUAUGGUAUAUGUAGAGAUUUUUGUUAGUGUUAACUGUGGUGCAGUGCAGGACGGAUGUUACAAUUCGGAGCCUAUAUAGUUAAAUAUGCGCACUGGAAUAUAUCUAUUAAUGCAUAAUCGUUUAUGGUCCCUACUUAUUACAUAUUCACAUGGACUGUUCAAAUGGUCUACAUCGGCCGGAACUUGUUCAUAAUUCACAAUGGAUUUUUCUGAGAUAAUGUUGGUUAAUAACUUGUAAAAUUAUUGGACUUACCUAACUAUAAAAUUACUUGACUCUUACAGAUUAUCUAGAACAGUAACACUCGGAGAAAUGUGUGUAGUUAGUUUAGAACAAAAAUGUAACCAACAUUUCUGAUUCUUUCAUUAAAAAUAUGUUGAUUGAUAACCGGGGCAUCUAGCUCUGGUGGUAAAGGGCUCACAGCUGUGAGUACCGCCACCUGGGUUCGAUUCCUGGCCACUGCGGAUUUCACAUGCGGGCUGCAGCGUCCCAGGAGCCAACACGUGGAGUUCCGUUUGGACACCCACGUGGCUAGUCUGAGCUCUCGAUGUACGGGUGCCAAUGUACGGGUUAUAUCGCCAUGUUGGCCGUCGCCCUGUCGAUGAGUGGCAGGAAACCUGGGUUAAAAAAAAAAAAAUAUGUUGAUUGAGAAAGUGAAUGUUGACAAAUAAUGUAGCUUAGUAAAUUCUCGUGGCUGUAGACUCUGCCGCUAUAAAAAAACACUAUUACCUAUACACCUAACCAUAUUUCAACCAAUAAAAAAAUAAAUUUUGCAUAAAAUUAAUAAAUUUUGCAUUAAAAAUCGAAAACGACACUUAUUUUGUAACGAAAAAAAUUCUCUAAAACGAUACUUAAUAUGAAACGGAGGGAGUAAUGUAUUUGUUUAAGGAAGGAGUCUAAAGUUUAGACUCAGAGCGACUCUUCUUCACAAGAGAUAAAAAAAGAAACAAAAAAAAAAGGAAAAAUAUUUUCUGUUAUAAAUCAUAUUGUGGAUAUCCAUAACCGGUACGGUUCAUAAUCGGCCCAAUGCUAGAGAGAGAGAGAGUCGACCGUGAGGAGAGAGAGAGAUAGAGAUAGAAUCGGCAUCUUGCAUUUUACUUAUUAGAUUAUGAUUUGUACUCUUUCUAUAUUUGUAUUUCUUUUCUUUAGUAUUUCCAUAUUCUAUGACGGUGUAAUUCCCUAUAUAUAAAGGACUCAUUAUAUUUAUGAAUAAUACAGAAACAUAGAUUUCAUUUUCUAGUUUCACAACACGUUAUCAGCACGAUUACUCUAAACCCUAAGCUAAACAAACCCUAGCCGGCGAAUCCAUAAUCCCCUCGACGAUAAACCCUAACCGUUGAGAACUCCCGAUCACGAACCCUAAACUAAUUCUCAUCAUGUUCCCGUUCGUGACACGAUCCCAGCUCACGACCUCAGACCUUCUCAGCUUGAUCCCGAGACACGAUCUCAGCCAGCUUGCGAUAGACGACUCGAUACCGCUCGCGAUAACAUCUUGUUUUCGUUCGUGAUCAGACGAUCUCAGCUUCCGCUUGCGUUCCCGAUACCAGCAAGGACAGCUCGCGGUACGUUCCAGCUCUAGACGACCUCAGCUCGUUCGCGUAUCAAUCUCAACGUUCAGCUUGCGAUCCUCAUCUCAUUGGUGGUCCAUUCAACCCUACUUGAGGUUAAGGUAAUCCUUAAACCCUAAUCGAAACCCUAGGGUAAUAGAUCGAAACCCCAAUGAGUAAAUCGAAGCUCAUAAUCAUAAGUUCGAUACCCCAAACCCUUAUCGAGAUUGAUUGUUUGAUCAAUUAAAAUCAAAAUCUUAAUGGUUUUGAAUCUCAAAACCCCAAUGAUCUAAUGAUCAAUAUCGAAACCCUAAUAUUAAUCUCAAAACCCCAAUGAUCUAAUGAUCAAUCUCAAAACCCCAAUCUCAAAACCCCAAUGAUCUAAUGAUCAAUAUCGAAACCCUAAUUCGAAAUCGAUUUAAUUGAUUGAGUGAUUGAAUGUUUUGAUCACAUAGAAAUCGCUUGCUAGGAUUGCUAAAUUCAUAAUUGAUAUUGAUUUAUUGAAUGAAUUAAAAUCAAAAUCGUAUUGCUUGAAACCCUAAUGCUUUGAAAUAGAAAUCGAAUUGUAGCUUGAUUGUUUGAUCGAAAUUGUUGCUUGAUUCAAUUUUAAAAUUGAAUUUGAUUGAAUAUAAUCACAUAAAAACUAUUUGCUAGGAUUGCUAAAUACUUGAAACUAAGAUUGAUUGAUUGAUCCGGUUUUGAAAUUAGAACAAUAUGUUAGACUAAUUCGAAUGCUAGAGUAAAACCGAAAUCAUAAUGUCUUGAAAUUUGAAAUCGCAUACUGAAAUUGAUUGACAUUGAAACCGCCUGCUAGAUUAAGUGUUCGACCAUCCUGUUUAUAUUGAAACCCUAAUUUGAUCACAUUGAUUGCAAUUACACUUAGAAACGUAUGCUUGGAUGGUAACGAAUGAACAUUGCUUGAUUGCAUCCAGUAGCUGUGCGACUUGUUCCUUGUCAUAGCCGUGAGGCUUGUUUGAGCAUUGCAUAUUCGUAUUGAGCUGAUUGCAUAUAGAAACCGAAUGCUAAGAUUGAACAUGUAUGCAUCAUAUACGAAUGACCUAAAACCGAAUUGCUUGAACAUAUUAAUUGCAUUAACAUGAACACUUUAAAUCUAAAUUAUAAAACAUAUGAUUUCAGAUGUCAA